UUCUCGUGUAGUUUAUUUGUUUUGUCACGAUAAUGGUAGAGUUACAUGCGAGAGGUGGCGCCAACAUCGAAGUGUUGCCUGCAAUGGCGCACAGAUCCAAGUGUUUUUUUUGUUUUAGUUCAUAAGUAUUUAUAAACUUUUUUUUAAAUGUUUUAUUUAUCUGAAUGAAUGCUGUUUUCGCGUUUCCCUAUGAGCUAUUCUAGUAUUUUACGAAAUAAUGUAUUUCAUGUUUAAUAGCAACCACAUCUUAUCUUUAAAAAGAUUUACGUCCUAUGCCAGUUAUUUUUCUAGGUCUGGUAUCUGGGAUAUACCGCGUACCUACCUAUUUGUCAAAAAACCAAACCGCAUGGAACCAAAUUUAGAAGAAAUCCAGAUCCGUAACAGAAUCCUAUUACAAAUGGAUCGCGACUGAUCACGAAUUGUAACCGGAACAUACAUCAUCGGAAGUUAAACACGUUGAUCUAUUCUACUGACCAGUGUCACUACAACAGAGGUCUCGAAGUAAAAGGAAAGGAGGUUCGAUCAGUGCCCGCGAGAUCGCAAGCGCAGGCGCACGUGUGACGCAAGCGCCAUCUUGUUCACACCCGCCAAAACCAAACAAGUGAAUUCUAAAAUCAAAUGUGACAGUUGAUUUAAAGAUUUAAGUGGACUGGUUGAUAACAGUUUUAUUUUUACGUAUUUCCUGAGGAGCGCUGAAAAAUUAAGAUAAACAGUGGACGUGUCAUCAGUGUUGUGUCAGUGUAUUGUGGUGUUAAUACAAUGCGAAGACGCCAGCCCAUUCAUCUCGCCGCUCUUUAUUGAAGCUGGCCAAAUAUUUCUUAGGGCUACAGUUCUAUAGACAUUUCGAGUCAAUGCCGCGUGUGUAGGCAAUGGCUUUGACAAACUUCACGCUAGCGGGCGUCGGCGCGGCCACGCCGGCGUUCGUGCCCACCUCUUCCACGCCAUUACGAGUCGACCUCGAUGACUUACUCUACUCCCCCGCCGAACACCAACCCGACACAGUUUCCGGUCAACCCGCAGGCAAUGAACCUUUCUCGCCGCCAGCUAACCAUCGAAAGCCAAUAAAUAAAAUAAGAAAACGUGCCGGUACAGCUUACCUCCCACCAGCGAAUCAAUACACGCAUUAUCCUAACGAAGCACCUCGAAAUCCAUAUGCUCCACCAUUACACACACAGGUCUAUCCCCAAAACCCAAGACUUGACGUACAGGUAGAGAACCAGCGAGUGCAACAAGUGGACACACUUUAUGAUAACACUGGACACUAUAUUCAUGAUCCUACCGGUGACUAUGAUUAUGAACAGAGGAGAAUGAAACCGGAUUCGGGGUAUAAUCCUAACCCUGGUUACGCGAAUGCCCCGUACCCCCCGGCCUCGACGCCGAGCCCUUCUAGUCGAAGGUUCGAUGGAAACACGAACCAAAAUGUGAAUAACUUUAAUUUUAACAGACCAACUAGUACACCAGCUCCUGCUAGACCGCCCAGCGAGCAAGGGAUUAAGACAGGUGGUGGAGUCAAUGGACAAAAUCCUCCUGAAAGACCUAGAGGUUUUACGAAAGUUGAAACUGGUGGUUCUGGUGGUAAAACACAAUUGCACGCUGUACUCGACUAUGACGAGGAUUAUUACGACGAACCUGAUCCAGAUUCAGGGCAACCCUCAGUAACUCCACUACAAGGGCCGAUACUCCUGCGCAAUGGUUCAGUGCCUGUUGUUCCUUUGACGUCAUACCGCACUAUUAACAAUGGCUCCUUCUACCAAAUACCUAUAUUAUGGACGGCGUUAUCUUUAGCACUGGGCUACGAACUUCAGGGUCAAAUCAUCAGAGGGGUUCCGUGCGUGAAGCGUAACUUCCAGCUAUAUUGUCCAACAGCGGGCAAUACUUAUCCAUUAGAUAAGAUCGAGAACUUCAUAGACGAGAACAAGGCUUUAAUAAAGAGGAUGUACGGUUCGUUCACUACGCCUGCUGGGAACAGAGUGAGGAGGGCGCCAGGAGUGCCAGACAUGCACGACGCGACUGGCGACUCCUACUUCAGGCAUGUACGGCAAGCUGCCAACACCCCGUUGCCAGACGCACAAGCUGUCAACAACACUGGCAGAGUGGACGCAUGCGAAAGCAAGACAGAAAUAAUGACGCCCUAUUGGGCGCUCAACUCGGCGAGAAAGCUACGUGCAAUCGUUAACACUAUGCAUUUUGAACAGGCGAUUCAUCAGGAAACGUGCAGUAAGACGACAACGGCCCGCUGCACUCGCGAUUGCGGGUGCGAACAGAAGUACAAAUGGCAUAGGCUCUUAGCCUACGACCCUAACGAUGACUGCGCUGGAAUUUUCAUGGACUGGUUCCUAUUCCCGUCCUGCUGUGUCUGCAGAUGCAAUCCUUGAUAUACUUCUCAAACAUAAUUAGUUAAUUCAUUAUACUGCCUGUUCUAUGAGCUUUUAAAGCAGGACUCUUACUGAUGAAGAGAGACAAGGCUAUACACACAGUGUAAUGCUGUCUCUCUUUUUCACGGAUCGUGUAAGAGAGACGCCGAUCUAUAUUUUAACUAGCAGCAUCUCUGUCCCAUACGGCAACAGUCCGAUUUAAUAGUUCAUAGUAACUGCACCGUAUUGCUUGGUUGUUAAGAAAGAGCGACAAGCGUAGUUUAGUCCUUCGUAGCGUUGCAAAUCAGUUCAGGAUUAUAUUUUUGAUUAAAUUUUUAGAACACUAAAGUAGUUGGAAUUGAUAUGUAGAUAAAAGUAAUACGUACAAAACCAAAAUCCCGAGUUCUAAAGCUAGAAGCUUGUCUUUUUGAAACUGGGGGAUACUAUAUUUACCUCUAUUUAAGUAUAAUUCGUUUCAUAUCUGCUGCCUGCAUGCAUUUUGUCGUUUUGUCGCUUCCUGGCGUUUUAAAUUUGAAAAAAAUGCUAGAAAAUACAUUCAACCUUUUUUCAUUAUAUCUUUAAACUUAUUAAAAGAGGCAAUUACUUAUAAGAAACACUCAUGUCAUAGUUUUAAGUUCAUCUAAAAAAUAGCUUAAUUUUGCAAUCACUAGAAUAAACUUACGUAAAACGUAUUUAUGAUUAGGUACCUUGGCUUAUUCAUUUACUCGGCUUAAGAGCAGUUUGCUUGUUUAUUUUUUUAGCUUAUUUUUGACAGAUUGACAGGCACAUAUAAAUUGCGACAUUUAUUUCUUGUUCUGCUUUGUCGCCUGUUCAUUACAUUUUUUUAUUUAGAUAGUAUAAGCGACAAAUAAAUUAAGUUUGAAUAUAAAAUGGAACACUGCCAUUGUAUAGUUUUAUAGGUACAUAGUCUAUUUAAAUGAUAUAGAAAAAUAAUUACAAAAUAUAUUUUAGUUUGCAAUUUUUGUAUACUUAUUCUGUGUAUGUAAUUUAAGUUUUUUUUAGUAAGUUUUAACUUGUUUAGUUUAAGCAACCUACUAAUAUAUCAAUUUUAUUUUUUUGUAUUUAUAUAAUGUGUAUUUUAGUUACACAGACGGUUUUCCAGCAAAAAUUUGGUUGAAUCGAUCUCUAUUUUUUAAUCAAUUUUGUACAAACUAAUCGAUUUUAAUUUGACAAUAGUUGGAAAGCGCAAAGAUGGAAUACACCAACGCAACUUAACUUUAAGAUGUUCUUAAAUGGUCAUCUGUCGCCACUUUACUCCUUGAAGUGGGAUACAGAAUGGCAAUUGAGGGCGACUUAAAUUUGAGCGGCUUUUGAGUGUUCGACCUUAAUGAUACUCAGAUAUAAUGAAAAGAACUUUACCUUUGAAUAAUAAAAGUGCAAUGGAAUAUA